ACAAGAACCGUCUCUGAUAUUCCCCUUUUCGAAGAAUUCGUCACAGACUACAAACUCACCAAUGAGAUGAGUCUCGAAGAGCUUAGCCAAUAUGCGCCAGAAAUACUUGAGCUCUUAACAACUGGCACACUACUAGUAGAUAAAGAGAAAAGCAAAGAACAAGCAUUUGCAUUGAUUCCUCACGAGAGAAUUGGACAGAGUAAAAGCCAAGUAACUUCCAAAGAAGGAGGGGAUGUGAAUAUAUGCUUAGCAUCUGAUACCACUCUAGAAGGGGAGACUAUCAAACAAACGGCUCAGCGUAUUAUGAAAGAUAAACUUGGUGAAAAAGAUGUAAAGACAAUAUCUAGAACCUUAGUCGAAACAUCUUCUGAUGCCGUUGUUGCCUUAUCCCGCCUCUCUAGGCUUCGAAAAGAAUUACGGCCCCUCAACGCUUCAGAAAAAAUAAUUUCUGCUACAUUAAAUCCGGAGGUAACUAGGUUAUCCAAUAAAGUUCAAAAGGAGUAUAGUGAGCAACGCAAAAAUGAAGGAAUAGAUUUUCCAGACCACUUCUCGUUAGAAUCGGUCAAGAAAAGAUUAGAUGAGUACAAUGUAUCUAAUAUACCUGACAAACAGGCCCUAGCUGAUGUAAUGAUAAUGCUCUGCAUUCGUCCUGCUGAAAUUAAAAACUUGUGUAUAUCUAAUGGGGCUGUAACUGGAUAUGCAAAAAACCGAGAUCAACAAGAUAUUCCUCAAGUGUUUAGAUCACUGGAAAAGAACGAGGAGCGGGCUAAACAACUCCUUACUUGGAUUCAGGAUAAUAUUUGUUCUGAACAGUUAAAGGACCCAGGAAAGCUUGGAUCUACAUACUUAAGUGGGUUUCUAAAAAAAGACAAAUUUAUUCCUGAAAGUGAUAAACCACUACUUCCUAGCUCUUUGCACAAAUUAGAAGCAGUAUUUGCUUCUGUAGUGCAUGGGCCUAAAAAUGCAUCGAAGGCUAAUACUUAUGCCAGUGAAGCCCUUCGACAUUCGCCUGACAAUCAUGCUUCUCCAUCUAAGAGAUAUACUAUAGUUAAUAUGCGGAAAAGAGGAGAACCUUAUAAUCAGGCAAGUCCAUUCUACAUCUUCGAUGAAAACUAA